AUGGAAGAUGCUAAACAAAUUGAUACCCCAAUAGCAACAGCUAAAAAACUAGACUUAGAAGGAACAGGUUCUGUUGUGGAACAAAAAUUGUAUAGAGGUAUGAUUGGGUCACUUUUUUAUCUAACCGCCAGCAGGCCUGAUAUUGUGUUCAGUGUGAGAUUAUGUGCUAGAUUUCAAACCAAUCCCAAAGAAUCUCAUCUUCAAGCUGUUAAAAGAAUUCUCAGAUACUUAAAAGGAACCACUGACUUAGGACUAUGGUAUCCAAAGGGGAGCAAUUUCGAAUUAGUAGGGUAUGCCGAUGCGGAUUAUGCUGGUUACCUAGCAGAGAGAAAAAGUACCACAAGUAUGGCUCACUUUCUAGGCUCAUGCUUAAUUUCUUGGGGAUCAAAGAAACAAAACUCAGUUGCAUUAUCUACAACAAAAGAUGAAUAUGUAGCAGCAGCCUCAUGUUGUGCUCAAUUACUAUGGACUAUGGAUCAAACAACAACUCAGUGA